CUCAGACUUAAAGCGAGAGAACGGGCUGCUUGCACGUGUCCAGUGUCCCUCAAGACGAAUACCAAGGCCCCAACAGUGACGGCAAUGACAGCUUCGAUCUGGAUGAAGAUAAAACCUCCUCUGACGACGCUGACAUGUGCAAUGAUGAAGUGCCAGAAGAUGACUGGAACACACUGUCCCAAACAACUCUGCCCAAUUCUGUGCUCACUGUUGCUGAAGCACUGUUGAGCAUCCUAACCUACAGUGUGUCUGCUGGUCUCAACUGGAAUCAACUGGAAGACCUUGUUAAACUGGUGAACUUUUUGCUUGGAGACAAAGUUAUUCCAUGUUCACGACACAUUCUUCGAAAAAUGUGGGCAAGUUCAAGCUCUGUGCAACAUCAUUUCUUUUGUUCCGCAUGUAAAUCCUAUGCUGGGGAGCCAGCUGUCCUAGACAUCACUUGCAGCAAUUGUGGCGAAAAUGUCUGCGUGUCAAACUUCAAGAAGAGCAACUUCUUUUCUACACUUAAUGUAAAGAAACAGCUGGAGGACCUUCUUCGGAGCGAAUCAAUAGCAAAGGCAUUAUUCGAUCAACUGAGUAGUCGUGGAGAUGCAUCAUGUAUGAAAGACAUCACCGACGGAGCGUUACUGAAGAAAUGCCGAAAGCACUGGGAGUGGACGGACAUCACAAUCACAGUUAACACGGAUGGUGCAAGAGUGUUCAACUCUUCAAAAGACAGCCUGUGGCCAAUCCAGUUUGUGGUUAACGAACUUCCAAUAUUUCUGAGGUGGAGCAAUGUGCUUUUGGGUGGACUUUGGUUUUGCCGUGGCCACCCAGACAUGCAGGUUUUCUUUGGAACCUUUGUUAAAGAACUGAAGGAAAUGGGCCCUGUUGUCUGGAGGUGUGGCUCUCAUGUCCUGAAAUCUGUGGUGCGUGUGGUAUGCGUCUGUGUUGAUGCCCCUGCUCGUGCCCUCAUUCUUCAAAUGAAACAAUUCAAUGGACAUUAUGGUUGUAGCUUCUGCUUGGAGCGAGGAACGUUUCUUGAUGGUGCCCUUCGCUAUGUGUUGCCUGGAAAUAGCGCACAGGAAGCUGCUGCUGAAAGGACCACUGCCGGAAUGAAGCAAGAUGCGAAGCGAGCAAGGCGCUGUGGUGCUCCAGUCAAUGGAGUGAAAGGUUCAACAGUGCUUUCAAGGCUUGAUGCCUAUGAUGUUGUUUGGGGAACUUGUCCAGAUUAUAUGCAUGUUGUUCUUGAAGGCGUAACAAAACAAUUUUGUGCUUUGUGGCUACAAUCUGCUGGGUGUGAAUACUACAUUGGCUCAAGACAAACAAUGGAACUUCUAAACUCACGAAUUUUGGCCAUCAAGCCACCAAAUUGGUUUACCCGCUUGCCUCGCAAAUUAUCAGACUACACAAUUUGGAAAGCAAGUGAAUGGAAGUGGUGGCUGUUGCAUUAUUCUCUCCCAUGUCUCAGUGGUAUUUUGCCCACGAAGUAUCUCAAACACUUCAGCUUACUUGUGCAAGGAAUUUACAUUCUUCUAAAAGACGAAUUAAGCGACAGUGACAUCGUAACUUCAUCUGAUGCUCUCUCAGAGUUUGUGGCGCACACGCAGACAUUAUAUGGAACUUCUGCUAUGACAUUCAAUGUCCAUCAGCUCCUCCAUUUGCCAAAAAGUGUUGCUAAACUUGGUCCACUUUGGUCUCAUUCUUCGUUUGUAUUUGAAAAUGGGAAUGGCAUUCUUGUUAAGCUUGUCGCCGGGGCCUGUGGAGUUCCCCUCCAAAUUUUGGAGCGCUACGUACUGCUAAGAAAACUGAAAACUCUCCCCUACAUCUUGCACCUUUCACCACAGUCGCAGAGCUACUUCACUUUGCAAAAAUCAAGCAGUAGCAGUGAAACAGUGUUGCUGGGAAUUGGCAGACCUUGCACUGGUGCCGACUACCACUAUGUCGUCGAGAGACUUGACUGUCAACCAGAAACACUUGUUGAAUAUUAUAGAGCGCUCAUCGGUGGACAAGCAGUUCACUCUGUGCAAUACAAAAGGCCUCAAAGGAGUUUUAAUUCUACCUUUGUUAGUACAUCUGGCAAAUUUUUUUUAAUUAACAGGAUAUUUGACACAGGCAGUUCUAAUGCUAUCCUCGAAUGCCAAGAAUUAAUCCCUACUCGAGACUUUUUUGCCUCUCACAUUUCAGUUUGUACGAAAAGCAGCGAACCUCUUGUCCUUGUUUAUCCAAGUGAUUUUUACCGUUUGUGUGUGUUCAUGGAGAUAAAGGGCACAAUUUUUGUGUCCACAAUUCCGAAUCUUUAUGAGAAAGACUAGUAGCCAAUUGAGGCCAUAAUAAUUGCUAUACAGCCUGUGUUCUUAAAGAUCCAAGACUUUCAUUUGUGUUUGAAGUGCUGUUACAUGAUGGGCUUAUGGUAGUCAUUGAAGAAUGAACACUAGUCAUUGAAUUUGUUAGAAUGUUGCUGCCUAAACAGGCUUUACAAAAGUUUUAAGUCAACCAGCCUCGUCAGAAUUUUGAGCUUAUUGCUUUUACGCACUGCUGGUUCGAUCAUUUCAGCGGGAUAAAAAUUUGUCUUUUCUUGAUUUCAUUGCGUCACCUUCUUUGGUUAAAAAAAUUGAGUGAUUUGUUUGAUGACGUCAUAGCCUUGAAAGUAACAGUAAGUGAGGCCAGCAAGCUUAAAGGCCAAGAGCAACAAACGUUUGAGCUACACAGAAAGCAUUAUUUCGGAUAGUGCAGAUAUAGAAGAGCCGUCAUGCUAAGUUUGAUGUUUGAAAUACAAGCAAAAGCAUCACAAAAGACUCAAAAAUAGUUGAUACUGAAACUGAAAAAUAUUUUGCCAUUACCGGUUUGCUGGAAGUGGUGCGGUGAUGUGUCGGAGAACCAUCAAAUUUUGGCAGGCAACUCAAUGCACCACUUGCUAUUUAUAUAUAUGUAUAUAUAUAAAUAUAUUCUUUUGCUUUUAUUUAUAUCAUUUUUUGUGAUGUUUCAUUUCUUUGUUUUACUUGCUUUCUUUUUGUUUUAGUUGUGAACUUUUGCUUUUCCUGCUGUUUAUUCUGGCCAGAAUCGGGACAUCACACAUCGUCAUACCAUGCUACAGAAUGUGGGUGGGAGCAGCCUAGGACCUUCAAAAUAUUAUGCUCAACACCUAUUCAUUCUACUCCAACAGGACAUACAGAUUAGGUUCUAAUCUGUUGUUUUUUAAGUUUUUUUUUGUACAUGAGUUUCUUUUGCAGAUAUUGAAAAUCUUAAAAUAAUGGUGACAAUAAUUUGCUAUGUUGCACAUUAAUGAGAACUUGUUUGAACUAUUUCACAUUUCAGCUAUGCCAUUUGGCUGAAAACAGCACAGUCAUGUUUAUGUGAAACAUAAUGUACCAUUCUUUGUAAGUUUGUCUUUGUACAAUUAUCUUGGAUCAUAAUAAACUUUGAAAGAAAAAAAUCAAUAUUUAAUACCCGUUUCUCUGUUUUUAUUACAACCAGCACUUGUGUUCAUUACUUUGGCAUGUCGUUUUACAACUGUACUUCUUAAACUAUGUUCAAACUUUCGAAGCCUGUAUUGCACAUAGAUCGUAUUUUCACAUGCUGAAAGUAUCUGCCUAUCCCAUGUUUGUUUUACUUUCACUACCGUAGCGUGUAGUAAUUAUAUUGUUUCAGAAUUCAUUUACAACUUGAACCCCCAGACUGAAUUAGCUUUAAUUGUUUCAAAAAGCUAUGAGUAAUGCUUGGCUUUUGGGGCAUGAAUUAUGCUUUAAUAACAUGAUACAACAUGCGUGGAAAAUGUAAUGGCUUCUUCUUUGUCACAAUAUGAUAUAAUAUAGUUAUACCACUGAAGUUGGACUUGGCAUAGAAGCCAAAACUAAUAUGACGAGAUGAGUGUCAAAUUGCUUAAGGGGCUGACAAACAUGCAAAUAUGUUCUCACCUACUGCCACCACUUGUUUAACUACAUGUGCUUUUACCGGUGUGAAUGUGUUCACAGUUCUUGAAUGUAUAUAAUACAAGCUAAUAUAGCUACUUCUAUAGCAUAUAUUGUGACCAAUCAAGCAUUUUAUUUGUCUAAAGCAAGUAUAUAUCAGUCCUUCUAUUGGUCACAUAGAGCACUUUAUUUGUCUUGUAGAACUUUUUAUUGCCCUGAUAGAAGACUGGCAUGUCUUUAUUGGACCUGUAGCACUUCCUAUUGGACCUAUAUAUAUCCUGCUACAAGACCUAUACAUCCUCCUAUGGGACCUAUACAUCCUGCUAUGGGACCUAUAUAUCCUGCUAUGGGACCUAUACAUCCUGCUAUAGGACCUAUACAUC